UCCCACCUGCCAUUCUCUCUUUUCAAACGUCACAAAGCCAAUAUUUGCACACUAUUGGUAACCACCAAUUACUACAAAUAAGGAAAGGAAGAACUUGUGUGUGUACUUGACAUGCCUUUGUAUUGCAAUUGUUCUAUCUUGGGUGCAAACAUCCCACGUACCUUAGGACUAGGAACAACAAGUGACAAGUACACACUCAGCCAAUCAAAAGCAUCAGGUUCAGCUUCUCUAAACCUUAAAUCCUCCAAUACCCCCCCAACCCACAUUGCAUUUGUGUCAAAAUUUGACCAAAGUUUUUCUUCUCCAAUUAUGGAGGAGGACCGCAAAAUGUUUGGUCUUGUCUCAGAACCGGAGGAGUAUUGCAAAGAGUUAGAUGUUGCUGUCAGAGCAGUUCAGAUGGCAUGCUUCCUCUGUCACAAACAGCUAGACAAUUUCAUUCCCAAGUCCACUAGCAACAACCAUAAUUCUCCUCUCAAAGUUGCAGGUUGGAGUAUCAAAGCAAUUGUCAGCUGGAUAUUGUUUGAGUGUUUAGGGGGUGAAAAUGUCUCAAUUGUUACUGAAGAGGAUGUUCAGACACUAUCCAAUACUAAUGCAUCUGAACUGUUGGAAGCUGUGGUUAAAACCGUGAAUGAAUGCCUGGCUGAAGCACCUCGAUUUGGAGUUGAAGAGCCAAAAUCAGCUCUUGGAACUUCACAGGUUCUUCAAAUCAUUGGUCGCUGCAACUCAGUUGGAGGUCCUUCUGGAAGAUUUUGGGCACUUAGUCCUCUUGAUGGUAUAAUAGGGUCUUCAUGUGGUGAUCAAUAUGCUGUAGCUUUAUCACUCAUAGAGGAUGGAGAAGUGGUGCUUGGAGUUCUUGGCUGUCCUAACUACCCUAUGAGAAAGGACUGGUUUAGUUAUCAGCACAGCUAUCUAAGGAUUAUAUCUAAGUUGACUUCACCGACCUCUGAAACUUGGAAUGAAGGUUGUGUAAUUUAUGCUAAAAGGGGUAGUGGCAAGGCUUGGAUCCAACCACUGCUCCAUGCCAAUAAGAAGUUUGUGUGGCCAAACCAUGCAAAACAAGUUUCAGUCUCUUCCAUUGACAACCCUGCAUUGGCCACCUACUGUCAACCAAUUGAGAAGGCCAAUUCAAGCCACUCUUUUGCUGAAGGACUGGCUCACAGUGUUGGUCUCAGUAAUCAGCCAUUAAGGGUAUGCAGCAUGAUGAAAUAUGCGGCAAUAGCAUGUGGGGAUGCUGAGGUUUUCAUGAAGUUUGCAAGGGCCGGUUACAAGGAGAAAAUAUGGGAUCAUGCUGCUGGUGCUAUCAUCAUACAAGAGGCUGGAGGCAUGGUAACAGAUGCUAGGGGGCAUCCUCUGGACUUCUCAAAAGGUUUAUAUUUAGAAAGGCUUGAUCGUGGUAUAGUUGCUUGUGCUGGAGCCUCAUUACAUGAGAAGAUCAUCGAUGCUGUUGAUGCUAGCUGGGUCUCUUCUUGUCUUUGAGACUGUAUCUAAUAAUCUACUUGAUCUACAGGUGUAUAGUAUAUAUACCGCAAUUAUGUGAAUGUAUAAUCUUUUCUUGUCUGUUAUGCGUAGUAUCUUAAGAAACCCUGAUUAUAAACAUCAGUUAUUGUUAUUGUUGAUGUAUUGGUGUCAGCUUUUUAAGCUGAAAUUGUUUUUGUUUAAAAUGAUGUGGAUAAAAGGUUAUGGUUGUUUCUUUGUAUUCUGAAUGACAUUUACUAAAACAUGGAUAUUCUUGAA